AAAAGCGAUGGGCGACGACGCAGGCAUUGCUGAGGAGAAAGGGCGGUAGCCCUUGGCCUGUAGUGAGCAAGGCCCGGGGGGGGGGAAUCCCCCUUCGCCCAGCCCUUGUAGGUCCGCGGGCCGGUUCGGAGGAGCACUUUAGGGACCCGCUUGGGUGUUGUGGCUGUUGUCUGAACCGCUACUCGGUGUUUGUGGCACUUUUCUCCGCGUCGCGCCGUUUUGGGGGAAAACUCGCAAGGAGCUGGAUCUCAGAAAUGGCUGGCAAGAGCCAGCAGCAGACCCUUCAAGAAGAAUUGACCUGUUCCAUCUGCUAUGACCUCUUCAGGAACCCUGUCAUGCUGGAAUGCAUGCACCAUUUUUGUAAGGAAUGUAUCCAGAAAUACUGGAAUAGUUGCUCUGGAACUGCCACUUGCCCCCAGUGUCGGCAGAAGUUCCCUUCCCGGUCCUUUCAUCCCAAUUUCCUUGUAUCUAAUGUAGUGGAGACAGUUCGAAAAUCUGUCUCUGAACAGCACAGAAGGAAAUCCCAGAUGGACCUCCAAAAGCUCCUUCAGUCCUACCAGAUGAAGUAUGAGAAACUGCUGAAAAUGAAGCGCGUGACUGAGGAGAAGAUCUGGAAUUUGGUGGAAACAUCUGGCAAACUGAACUCGGAGAUCCGAGCAGCAUUUCAACAUCUUCAUCAGAUCCUGGAAGAGGAGGAAAGAAGGGUGCUGAUGGAACUGGCUAGAGAAGAAGAACAGUGUCUGUUGAGACUGGAAAAAACUUCUGUGCAACUAAUAGAAGAGAUUUCUGAGUUAAAGAAGAACAUGGGGCAGAUACAGCAGAAACUUAACAACCUGGGAUGUUCAUCGGUGCUGAAGGUGGAAACUGUGGCUGUCAGACCAGCAGUGCAUCUAGCAACUUUGACCUUGGAUCUAAAGCAGCACAAGGAGCUGCAGGAUGGGCCCUUGCAGUAUAUAUUUUGGCGAAAGAUGCUGAAGUCCAUCAGCCCAGCUCCUACUGCUCUGACCCUGGAUCCAGAAUCGGCCCACCCCAACCUCAUCCUCUCCAAAGAUCUGACUUCAGUGACAGAGAGAGAGACACCUCAGAGAGUACCUAGAAGCCCCAGACGUUUCGUGCAGAGUGUGAAUGUGUUGGCUACCGAGUCCUUUGAAAGCGGGCGGCAUUACUGGGAAGUCUGGGUGGGCAACAAGACCAAGUGGGAAUUGGGAGUGGCUGCAGACAAUGUGGACCGGACAGCAAGAGUCCGGCUGUGUCCAGAUAAUGGCUAUUGGACUAUAAGGCUGUGGAGCAAUGCCCAGUAUUGGGCUGCAGCGACUCCCUGGGUACGUUUGAAGCCCCAGCACUUGCUGCGGAAAGUGGGUGUGUUAUUGGACUGCAAGGCCAAAACGGUGACUUUCUAUGAUGCUGAGGAGAUGUCACUUCUCUUUACUUUCCACCAGUUAUGGGCUAGCAGAUUCUACCCUUUCUUCAGUACUGGCUUUAGUCAUGGUGAGAAGAAUGCCGAGCCCAUGAGGAUCUGCCACCCUCUCAGGCUGUAGAAUCUCCUUCUCCUUGUUUCACAGAAUUUGGUGGAACCCGAGGGGGUCCCUUUUGUUUCUCUCUGCCUUUGCCAUUGUUAAGGUCUUGUUUCUCUGUCCCCCUCUACUGCCACUGAAAGAUGUUUCUUGAGAUUUCAACCCUUUAUAUUUGUAAUAUAGAUUCCAGCCAACUAUAAUGGAAAAUGAAGGUUUGUUGACCAUUUCUAUUUAAAGUGGUCCCUGAUUGUCUUUUCUAAGGUGGGUCUUCUUCUUUUUUUAAUAUAAUAGGAUCAUUAUCAUUCAGUUAAGGUUCAACCUAGCAAAUACUGAAGCAAAAGAUCUUGUCUAUAUUCUAAUAUAUUAGAAGAAAAUGAUAGGUUUAAGUUUCUACUUCCUAUUAUCACUUUUUCCAGGUGUAAAUAUAUUUCCUACACAUACAUAGGCUUUGUACUUUACCUGGUUAGUUUCUCCAUCUGCUUGAAGAAAAAAUUCCUCAUCAGUGAGACUCAGCCAUCCAAAAGUGCUGUUAAUUUUCACUUGUAUCCUGAGUUAAGAACAAAAGGAAGCUGAAUUUAAAGAGAGAGCGUGAAGGAGAAGAAACUGUUCUUUAAAAUGCUUUAAACAACCCAUGAAUUACACAACGGACAUAACACCAGCAGGAAUAAGAGCAUAACGCCUUGUCCUGGAUUCUGAGGAGAUUCAGUCAGUGAAAGAGACCGGGAGAAGCCUUUCCCUUGAUGCAGGACUAAGAUGCUAAGGAAAAUUAGAUUGGUGCCACAUCUUUAAAGGAGCCUACCAGAUUCACAGAUCCAAGACUGAAGGACAGUUUAUAGUGCAGAGGAAUAUUUUUCCCAAUUUUGCAGUAUAGUUCUCAAGUCAAAAAAGGAGGCAUUUUUAUUUUAUUUUAAAAUAUAAUAGUAGAAAAGCCCCUUUUUGAAAACGAGCAUUUUGUGUAUGUGUGUUUUAUUGACAUGAAAACAAGAACAAUUUAUGGAGGACUGUAAACUGGAAGUAGACAAGUCAGCUCGUACUUCUUCAACAUAUGAUUCAGAAUAACAGCACAAACUGAUUUUGGUAAUAACCAUAGCAAAUUGCAUGAGAGGGUUGCUGUAUUAGGGAAUGGAGACCAGCUCUGCAGCACUUUGGGGCUGUUGAUAGAUGCAAUUUUAGGCUAUCAGAUGAAACUUCAGGGAUAGCUCAGUAUCUGCCAGCGAUGUGUAAGAGGCUACUUCUAGUAUCUGUACAACGAGCUGUUUGUUUUCCUUACCAUAAAGCCAAAUGUACUGUUUGCUAUGACACAUUAAAACAAAAACGAAUGCUUAUUUCUGCCUAUUGUUCAGAAACUUUCCACUUCAUACUCUCCAUAUUUCUACCACUUGGUGCAAUAGGAAAGAAAUUUGACAAAUCAGUUUUUUGUCUAGUGUUGACAUUAAAUAAUCUAUUCAUAGGA